AUGGAGUCGAGCAGAAGACGUGGGGGAAUUCUGGCCGACGCCCUGAGGCAGCUGAAAGAAGAGCCGCGUUCUCCAGACGUGCGUUUCUCUCACUUCUGGUCGUCGGACCGUGAAAAUUGGCCGCACCUGGCCCUUUUAACAUUAUUGAAAAAUAGGAACAUUUCAUGAUCGAAAAGUAGAGCUUAGGAAGAAAAAAUAAGAAAUUUUAGUUUUAGUUCACCAAGCGUCAUUCUUACGAAAUAUUUACAGUCCGCAAAUGAAAUAACGUCUGAGUAAAAUUGAGAUAAAAUUUUCCAAAUCCAUGUUCUGACCAAAACUGAGAACGCCUUGAGUAUACUUAAUCGAUUUCAAAGUUUUUGAAGUGUAAACUUCUUAACUGCGUUGCGUUUGACGCAUUGUUACAUACAGCCCCUAGAAAAAGUAUAAUUAAAACGGCUCCAAUAUUGCAUCGGUAUUAAUUCGAGGCGCCGAGGCUGUAAAAAAAAGCUAAACUGAAGAGCGAAUUUGACACGCCUCUUUUCUCGCUUUCUUUACUGAAACGAAACAAAGUUUUUUUUUCUUUGGGAGGUCAUCUCAUUUUUUCUCCCUGUAGUGACUCUUAAUCCAUGCCGUGCUCAAAAUAAUUUCCCCGAGAUUCAAAAUGAUCUCUGACUUUCCAAAUUUUAUUUAUAUUUCUCUUUCUUUGACGGCCAUUUUGCAUUUCGUGGAAUCACUUUGAACACGGCAUCCUCCUCAGUUCAUUUUUUUCCGUCACAAAUAAAAGCUAUUUUUUUAUAAUUCCUAGUUUUUUUAUGACAGCGAAUAAACUAUUAUCAUUUAAAAUCAUUUUUCAUCAAAACCGAAGAAAAAAAUUACGUUGGUGAACCCAUUUUUCUCAAGUAAAAAGUUACACCAAAUGGGUUUUUUUCAACUUCGAAAAUCGCCUUUUUUCAGAUGGAACCCAGCGUCUCAUCUUCGACGAUGGUGAAAAAGUCGUCGAUUCCGCGACGGCGCCGGUCGAGCGACGAGUCGACGGAUCGCUGGAAUCGAAAAGGUAUCCUCGCCCAAGGACUGCGGGAGAUGAACGCCACUAUCCGGCAGCUUCACAAAGAAAGGUUGGGACUCUCGGAUUCUCGUAUCAUCAAAACAGUUCAGCGAGGAACCGGCAGUUCGUCAUGGCAUCCUGGGAUCGGCUCUGGAGGAAAUCAAACACGUCAGUUAUCAAGGCGUUUUCCGUCGAAAGUCACCACCGGAGGUAUGAUUUUUGUUCCAGUACACGCUUAAGCUAGAAAAAAAAACACUUUGGUCAUUAAAAUUAAAUCCUCACAUAUCAAAUGUCAACAUAAGUUGAUAAAAGUUCGUAAAAGGAAAAAAAUGACGGGAGAAAAGGUCUUCUCAUAUUCACGGCAUUUUUUGAUGGAGCCUGGAGAAGCAAAGAAUAAAAAAAAUAUAGUUUUUUUCUUCUUAAUCUUUGAGUUUUUUCUGCAAAGAAAUCAUCAAAUCAUGGUUAGUCUAUUUUGAAAACGUAUCACUCUGCUCUACAUGAAACGUGGUUAGAAAACUCUAAAAUACUUCUCUGCAAAUUCAGAAUCUCAACUUUCCACGCUCUGCAUUAUCCUAACCAGUUCGAAAGCUAGUUUUGCUUUUGGAUAUCAACUAAUCGAAUUCUUUUUUUUUCUCAAAAAUAAGUAUAGAUUAAGCGGUCAAAGUCGGUGGACGAGUCAGCGGCCGAGGAACGGAAAGGGAUGAUCGCCCUGUUGCUCACGUCGCCGGACCCGCAGGAACUUCGCAGCCUCGGACUCACGGUGCUUUUUUUUCUGUGGAAAAGCCGUCGUCAAAACGAGAUCGAAUUCGGCCGUUUAUGACUUUUUGAGUGCUCGUCAACUUUUCGAUGCGUUUAACUAUUUCACGCGCGGACUUUUUCUAAUUAAAUCCGGCUCCAACCGCAAUAAAACAAACUUUAUCUUUUUUUCAGAAGGAUGGUCAUUUUUUUUUUGGAUAUUGGGCUGAAACUUCUUACUUUUUGCUAACCAAGUAUAUAAAAAAGCGUUGAAAGAUUUUUUUUUUAAUCUCAAGCAAAAUUUUAAAUUGCAUCACUUUCGAGUAUUGAGAUAAAACCGCAAUGCCUAAACGGUUCUAAAUAUUUUUUUUUUCAGUAUUUUUCACUAUUACCUUUUUUUGUAGUUACGUAUAGUCUGUUCAAAUCUUUAAUGUCAAGUGCAAUGACGUCAUUCAAAAACACUCUGUGGAUGGCUCGCUCUUUGAUUGCUUUAUCGCAUCACUAGGGGCCGAGCUUGAGCGACGACUUGGCAUUCAAAAUCUGAACAGACUAUAGUAUAAUUAAAGAAAGAGUAUUAGUGACCAAGUUCAGGAGUUUGCGCCGCAAGAAAUGACGGAACCUUCGGGCUUGCGGAGGAGGUCAUCGACGGUACGAUACACAGGAUCGAGUGGUAAACGAGAAGCGUUUUUCUCCCUGCCGCCGGAUACUUCGGGAAGUGCUCCAAGACGAACUUCGGGAGCUCAUCGGGAGCCCUCUGUAGAGGUUCGCCACGCAAAUUUUCUCCUCAGCUGUCAAUUUAUAGGAAGAGAAAGAGACUGUACCUGCGACGACAUCGGAAGGAAUGUCUCACGAUGAUCUCCUGCUCGCUGAUCCCCAAACUAAAGUCCAGAAAAGAGAAAAAUAAUUCAGAAUCUGUUUUUGCAGAUCUUGUAUUUCGCUAAACACGACGAUUGGGUUUUAGUCGAAGUGGAACUGGACAGGAUAGGCCGUAGUGACUUCGGACUGUGCGAUCCAGUAGGCGCUCAUUUUUCUUCCCGAUCAAAAUUUUUCUUCAGCAUGGCAUCAACGCUUUUUUGUUGGCAGUCAAAGCUUGCAAACCGAGAAUCGUUGAAAAAAUGAUCAAAAAGGGAGCUCAUGUCAACCAUCUGGCCAAGGUAUUUUUGAAAGGGCGCUGGGUUACAUUUUCCGGUCUCUCUCGACGGGACAAUAUCUUCUCAUUUUUCCAUGUUUUGCUUUGUUUCGUUUGAAGCCAGUUGCUGUAAAGGGAACAAAAAUUCACGUUAAUUUUCAACAGACGCCUGUGAAAUCAUCCAGAAUUCCAAUUUUUUCAAAUCAUUCUUGAAACGGCAGAAACUUGGAAGAGAAAAAAACUGGACAGUACAAAUAACAAUAUGAACAGGAUCAACGAAAUGCGGCUCACAUAGCGGCCAUGUACGCGGACAACGACAUGCUGGAUCUUCUGCUUUCGAAAAGGCCAGACCUUCUUUGGAAACCGGCUGGCGUGAGUUCCUUCCAAACUUAUUUCCGAACUGUAAACUUCAGAUUCACAAACAACUACCGAUUCAUGUGGCUUGUGAGAGGAAGUCCAAAAAGGUAUUAAAAACGACUUAUCCUUCACCCAAUUUUUCAAGGCUUUCUUCAUUGUGAAAAGAAUCUUGGAAGAAGCGGAUCAACGGAUGACCGCCGAUGGUGAAGGAUCUCUACCUGUCCAUCUUGCCUUGAAGGUAUCUGCAUUUCUGACUUGCUUGCGCUGGUUUUGACACAUUCCGUUUACAAAAAAAGCAUAUAUAAACAUUAUUUAACUUUUUGCUUCACCCAAAUCUCUAUCAGUCGUAGAAUUCUUCUCAGAACUCACAGUUCCACCCAAGAUAAACAAUUAUAUCGCAGCGGGUAGAGCCAAAGGUCCUUGCUGCGAAGUCGCCAAGAUCUCGAUGCCGUAUCAUUCUUUUUUAUAAAUUUCCAAUUGAAAAAAGUUUUUUCAUGCUAAAAUUAAUAGAAGAAGAAAUUUUUUUAAAAGCGAUAUGGCACGAGACCUUCGCGACAUCGCGCCGGCAGACUAGCGAUAUCGCUCUCUCCGGCGACAGAGAUUCACUAUAGCUAGUCCAAAAUUUUGUGUGGAACUGAUUUAAUUUUUUUGAUUUUUCUUUUUUUUUACUUUGACUUUUUUGUCGUAAUUUUCUACUUCAAAACUUGUUUGAAGUUUAAAAAAGAUGCAGAAAAAAAAACUUUUUUUUCUAGCAGUUUUGCACAUUAUCAAUACGUCGGAAAACAUAUUCAAGCGUUUUCCCAUUUUUAAAGAACUUUUCAGACAUUUUUCUAAAAGAAUAAAGUUAAAAUAUAUGAAAAGUUGAUUUUUUAUGAUUGGAAUUUUUUCGGACUUAGAGUUUUCAAAUAUCACUUCCAGAAAGUGAGAAAAACACAUUUUUUUUAUUGCUUGCGCUCCAUUCAUUUAACCAAUUUCAUGCUUCGAAAUUUCACAAACUUUUUACCACUACAGCUAAGUUUUUUUGAACUACAGUUUGGAAACGUGUCGAUAGUGGAGCUGCUUCUGUCGUCGAACGUCGAGGAGCAAAGCUCAAGUGUCGACGGCGAAGGCAACAGUCUUCUGCAUCUGGCAACUCGUUCCGGAAGCAUUGGUUUGUCUCCACUUUUCAGCUUUGGCUCAGCGAUCGUUCAGACGCCGUCCGAGUUGCUAUCGCUGCCGGGUCAGAAAAUGCAAACGCGCAAAACAGUAUUGGCCGAACGCCAUUGCAUGAGGUACGUUUCUUUUCCUUGCUGUGGAAUAUAAUCUAGAGAUGCUAAUGAAUAUAAUCUGGAGAUACUAAAUUAUUUUAUGCACGUUCAGGUUGCGCAAAUCGGAGAUCAGAACAUGAUGAAAAUCAUGUUCAAACUUCACGCCGAUGCAAAUGUUCACGACAAGGUACCGAGUUUUUAUACGGUAACUUCGAUUAUUUUCAGGACGACAAAACGCCCGUUCACCUCGCUGCAGAGAAAGGCGACACCUCGAUGGUCGAAACGCUCAUUGACAAGUUCGGCGGCUCCAUUCGGUAAAGCAUUCUUUUAAUGUGUUUCCAUGACUGUCUUACAGUUUUGCUCUUUUUUCGAGAUUUUUAUCUUUUUCUACAUCAUCUGCUUGUCGAAUGAGCAAUUAUAGCUGGUUCACGGCUGGCUUGAGUCAUCGAAAAAGGGUCCUGACGUGAUAAUGAAAAAAGAUAGUGCCUGGUUCGCGGAGAGCAACACAGACAAGUCACGCCUCCUUACCGUUCCAAGCUAGCCGUGAAUCAGCUACAAUCAAUUGAAUUAUAGAAUUUACCACACACUUUCAAUCAUCAAAAAAAAAAAAUUUUUUUUUGCUGACGAUCAAUGAAAUCAGAAAAAAAUAAACGGGAAAGGUUCAGAUUUUUACCAAAGAAAUUAAAAGAAGUUUUUCUUUUCGGAACGUUUUUCAAAAGUCUUCAACUUUAAAACUGGAUUUUUGAUUCCAUGAACUCAUUGGAGCAAAUGCUGAUUUUAUGAAGAAAUUCGAGAAAAUAUCCCCGUAUCUUUAUAUAUUUGUUUCAAUCAGCGGUGUGAACAUAUAGAAGAAAGAAAAAGUUCGAGCGACGAUUUCAGUCUUUUUCUCUUUCAUUUUGUAUUACCGAAGAUCUACAUGAAAAUUUUUGAAGAGCACGAACGAGAGACGGAUCGACGUUGCUUCAUAUCGCGGCUUCUGCUGGUCACUCCAACACAGCUCUCGCCUUUCUCAAGCGAGGUGAUCGAAAAAACUAUCCAUUUCGGGAGACGGCGCAAGUCUAGGUGUGCCGCUGUACAUGCCAAACAAGAAAGGUGCCCUGGGAUUGCAUUCGGCAGCAGCCGCUGGAUUCAAUGACGUCGUGAAGAUGCUCAUCGCUCGCGGAACUACAGUUGACGUUCGAACCAAGGUGAGAAGAAGCUCAUCUACUUCUGAAAGCACAAGUCUAGGACAACUACACGGCCUUGCACGUCGCCGUUCAGUCGGGCAAGGCGUCGGUCGUGGAAACUCUGCUAGGUUCUGGCGCUGACAUCCACGUACGAGGCGGCGAGUUGGGACGUACUGCCUUGCACAUCGGUAAGGAGUAUCAGAAGUCAGACGACAACUCUCAUUCAUCCGACUAUUUUUGAAUCCCCUAUCUGCGUCAGAAGGUCACGUAAAUGUAUGCGAAAAUCAUAAUUAAAAGUUCGUCAUUCGAAAUUUCAAAUUAGGUCUUCGCAGCUCUGUUCACAAAGCUUAUGUUCAAGAACAGACCCAGUACUUUGCUAAUUUUCUUUGUCUCAAACUGUCAAAAUUAGUUUUUUGCAUUAAACGUGUUGAAUGUUGGUUUGAGCGGCUUCUCUCGACGGCCCCGAGUCUCGAGAGUGCGCCAUGAUGCUACUCAAAUCAGGAGGACAGCCAGACGUCGCGCAGGAAGACGGGGAAACGUGUCUGCACAUUGCCGCUCGCAAUGGAAACAAAGAAAUCAUGCGGUAAGUGCGCCCAAGUUUCCGCAAAAGAAUAUUCCCCAGACUUCUGCUCGAUGAGAACGCCGACGCCCAGAUUCGGUCGGCGAAAGGAGAAACGCCUCUGCACGUCGCUGCACAGUCGUGCAACUAUGAAGCUGGUGCCAUGCUCCUGAAACACCUGGCAGGACAUCUGGCCCCUGAACAACUGAAGGAGUACUCUAACUACCGCACUAACGUAGGUUACUAGAAAAUACUCUGGCUUCGGUUUGGAAAAUAAUUGAUUCUGGAAAGAAGCCCAUCACAGACUAGAAAUGUAAAUAUUCCGGCUCAAAGGUUAAGGAAUUCAGGACGGAUUCACGGCAUUGCACUACGCUGCUGAAAUCCAAAGCAAUCAACUACACUUCCCCGGCGAAGAUGCAAAGCUUAUCAAUUUGCUCAUCGACUAUGGCGGACAGGUAUCUUUCUCGCUCUCCUCCUUCUCACAACUUUCUUGUAGGUCGAAAUGCCGUCGAUCAACACCAACGAGACGGCCAUGCACAUGGCGGCUCGUUCAGGUAACCAGGCCGUUCUACUCGCGAUGGUGAACAAAAUCGGCGCCGGAGCAGUACAGAUAGUUCAGAACAAACAGAGCAAAGUGCGUCUUUUCUUGGAUCUAGUCCAUCUUCUCCUGUUCAGAACGGCUGGUCUCCGCUUCUGGAGGCAUGCGCUCGAGGACACACUGGCGUCGCCAAUCUACUCUUGCAGGUUUCCUUUCCACAUAAAACUUUUACCUGCGAUCCAAGGAUCAUUUCAAAACGUCUUCUUACAGCAUCAUGCACGAAUCGACGUUUUUGACGAAAUGGGUCGAACAGCUCUUCAUCUGGCGGCGUUCAACGGACACCUUCAGAUUGUUCACGUUCUACUUCAACACAAGGCUUUUGUCAACAGGUUUCUUCUUCCUUCAAUAUCAUCAUUGGCUGUGUAGCAAGUCGAAAACCGGAGAGGCGCCUCUGCAUCUGGCUGCCCAGAACGGCCACGUCAAGGUGGUCAAUGUGCUGGUGCAGGACCACGGCGCGGCCCUCGAAGCCAUCACCCUCGACAAUCAGGUUCUCCUUCUGACGGAGUUUUCGGAGAGCCUUAUUUCAGACUGCUUUGCAUUUCUCUGCCAAGUUCGGACAGUUGGGAGUGAGUCAGACGCUGCUGGCCUUGGGGGCCAACCCGAAUGCACGCGACGACAAAGGCCAAACACCCCUGCAUCUGGCUGCUGAGGUUGCUCCUCCCUGUUUCCAUGAAACUGGCAAGUCUUCAGAAUGACUUCCCCGAUGUCGUCAAGCUGUUCCUGAAGAUGAAGAACAACAACAAUCGCGGAGUCUUGACGGCUAUUGAUCAUAACGGGUUCACGUGUGCUCAUAUUGCAGCUAUGAAGGUUUGAGGAUUACUAAACUGAGCGUUUUAUCGGAUGAAAAAAACCGGUUCUAGGGAUCUCUGGCAGUGGUGCGAGAACUUAUGAUGAUCGACAAGGCGAUGGUGAUUCAGGCAAAGACCAAAACAAUGGAGGUUUUGUAGUAAAAGAUCCAUUGACAAGAACAUGAGCUAAGGCGACAACCUUGCACAUGGCAGCCGCCGGAGGACAUGCCAACAUCGUCAAGAUACUUCUGGAGAAUGGCGCCAACGCUGAAGACGAGAACGCAGUUAACUAUUUUUCCUUCUUUCUGUUCCAAGAUGGACUCAACUUUCAGCACGGGAUGACGGCAUUGCAUUUGGGGGCCAAAAAUGGGUUCGUUAGUAUAUUAGAAGCUUUCGACAAGACCCUCUGGAGACGAUGCUCGAGAAAAGUUUGGAGCCUUCUAAGCAGAGCUCAAUCAGAUCUUCAGACGGGUCUCAACGCUCUUCACGUGGCCGCCUACUACGGCAACUCCGAUUUCGUGAACGAGAUGCUGAAGCACGUGCCAGCCUCGAUCCGGAGCGAGCCGCCCAUCUACAAUCAUCACGUCAACAAGGAGUUCUCCACUGAGGUAUUCAUCAAAUUUGAAAGAAAGAAAGAAUCUUAUGAUAUUAGUUGCGAUUUUAAAGAGCUUUUCUUCAGGUUUCUAAUAGUCUACUCAAAAUAAUUUCGAAGUAAAUCGAGAUUUUAGUUAGUUUACGGUCGUGUCACUAGAUUUGCCAUUCGUGGGAAAUUACCUUUAAUGGAAAUUAAAUGCUGGUAAUAUUUUCAUAUCGCUUUUAACAAAAAUGGGCAGAAUUCAGGGUUUCGCCUUUUUUGGAAUACUGCAUUCGCGUUUUUCGAUAUCAUCUCUCAAAAAUAUACUUUUGUUCUUUUAAAAUUUUUAUUAGUCCAAUCAUUUGUUUUCACCCGCUAAUUAUCGAAAACGACAUAAAUAGCUUUUUAUAAUCCAAAAAAUCGGGCUAAUUUUGUACUCGGGCAAAGUCGGAAUGGUGGAUAAUGGCCACGAGGAGAGGCUCAAAAAAGGCCGCAGAAAGGCAGCAAAAAGGGUCCCUUUAACGGGCCUUUCAUUUUUUCUGGGAUCUUCAAGGCUCAAGAAAUGUUGGAAAAAGGGAGAGACAGCAGAAAUGAAGCAUAAGUGCCGAUAAAAUGGUCGAAAAGGCAGCGAAAAGGAACCUUUGUCACCCUAAAAGGAACAUUUCUAUGGAGCCUUGUUUCACCAUUUCGCUUAUGACUAAAUAUUUUUUCACAUUCCGCGCUCCGCAAAAAUUUUAUUCCGCAAUUUUAAAAUUCAGUUCAUCAGUUCAAAAUUCAGUGUCGUGUGCCUUCAAACUGACGAAUAUAGUCAAUCCAUAUUUUUUCUCAGAACGUUUUGAAAAAAAACUUUUUGCCUUCAAACUGACUAUCUCUGGCUUCUAAAUUAUACAAUUAAAAAACUCUUCAAAAAUAGUUUUUUUCUGUUCAUUUGAAGUUGAAUGAAGUAAAGAUUAAUCUGCAGUAUGGGUUCACUCCUCUCCACUUGGCCGCGCAGUCGGGUCACGACAGCCUUGUUCGGAUGCUUCUCAAUCAGGGCGUGCAAGUCGACGCCACAAGUACCACAAUGGUAAUGAUCUACCCGUUCUUCUUUCAAAAACGCAAAGAUCGCUUUGAAUCCGAGCGGAACAGUUUAUCUUCUUUUUCGUCAUGAUUUUGAUAAAUGCUCCUGUAUCAUUGGCUUUUAAAGAACGUUAUACCGCUGCACUUGGCGGCGCAACAAGGACACAUCGCGGUCGUCGGAAUGCUCCUGUCGCGUUCGACCCAGCAACAGCACGCUAAAGACUGGCGAGGCAGGACGCCGCUGCAUCUCGCCGCCAUGAACGGCCAUUUCGAGAUGGUCUCUCUGCUCAUCGCACAGGGGUCCAACAUCAACGUGAUGGACCAGGUAUCGUCUUCCUGCAGAACCUAAGAAAACUCGAUUCUCAAAAAGUUUCGAGGGAAUUUCAACUGACAAGUAUAUAAAGUCAAUCCAUAUUUUUUUCUCAGGACGUUUUUGAAAAAAAUUUUUUUGUUAUUUACAAAAAAAAUAGUCUGUUUUUCUGCGACUUUUCGAAUGUCUGCGCCUCUCUGUUCCCUCACCGGCGAGGUCAGAGAAACAUGAAAAUAGCACAUAAAAACGAGAGGGUCGCCGAGAGAUGAGGAGGGCGCAGGGAAGUCACGAAAAACGGACUAUAAAAAUUGUGAUGUUUUGGCUUUCCACGCACUUCCUGUAUAGGAUAUUUGAUUAAUUUUGUAGUUUUUAAAGCUUUCUUUUGAAAUGAGAACAGUUAAUAUUGACUUAAAUUGAAAAAUGAUUCAAUGAGCCAUUAGAAAAAGCAAAAGAAAAAAGGUCAAGUUUAAUAUCCAGAAAAAAAGAGCGAGGCUCAAUUGUGCUGGCCCAAAAUUGCUUCUUUGGUUCGAUAGAUCCCAUUUCAGAACGGCUGGACUGGCCUUCAUUUUGCCACCCGCGCAGGUCAUCUCAACGUCGUCAAGCUUUUCGUCAACAGCUCGGCUGAUCCUCUCGCAGAGACCAAAGAGGGAAAGGUGAGCGACUGUCCGAUCUCCGGAAAAGUCGCACUUCCCAGGUGCCGCUUUGCUUCGCCGCCGCACACAACCACAUCGAAUGUCUGCAGUUUCUGCUCAAGCAGAAGCACGACACUCAUCAGUUGAUGGAAGACCGACGCUUCAUCUUCGAUCUGAUGGUCUGUGCUUCCCUAUUCCCGAAACCAUUCCAGUUGAAGGUGUGCGCCAAAGCCAACGACAACGAGCCCUUGCAAGAGUUUAUUCUGCAAAGUCCUGCACCAAUAGACACUGCCGUUAAGCUCUCCGCUCUCUAUAGGUAUAUUCUUCGGCGGCAAAGAACCACACAACUAUUUGAAUAAUUUGUGUAAAUCAACAUCGAAACUAUUUCUCCUUGCAAAACAUUUUUGCCUUUCAGUUCUGUUUUACAGAGACAUGUCUGAGAAAGAGAAAGAAAGGGCCAGGGACCUCGUGAAUGUCGCGACUUAUUCGGAGAACAUGGCCGUCGAGUUGCUGAGCAUCACGGCGACCGAAUACAACGCCGCGCUGCUGCUCAAAGCCAAGGACAAUCGCGGAAGACCCCUUCUUGACGUUUUGAUCGAGAACCAACAGGUCUGUUGCACUGUGAACUUUGACUUUUCCAUAAUAAUUAUAAUUUCACGCUAACUAUAAAAAGUAAGGUAAGGGGAAUUGCUUCGAGUUGCUGAAAAUUUACUAUAGUCGGUAUGCCAAUACUUGGAACUUCACUGAACGACAUUCCGCUCUUCCGCUGCGUCGCGAAGCGUCUUUGCGACCAUCGGUCUCGCUUUGAAUUGGUUCUCAUUUCUGAUAGGUGGACUGUUCCACUAGGAACACGUGUUGGUCGAGUUCUUAAGUAAAAUUAAAAAUUAGAAAGCGGCCGAGCACGCAGCGGAACAGCGGAAUGUCGUUCGAUGAAAUUCCAAGUCGUGGAACACAGACUAUAUCACAUUGAACCUCGUUACUCGAGGGCAAAAAAAAUGUGGUUCGAGAAAGGAAAAAAAAUUUCAUUUUGUUAAGCUUUUAGACAAGGCGUUCUUUCUUCAGUAGUACUCAUUUUGCUUUUUUUUAAAUUUCUAUUUUACUUCUUUGAUUCAUUAAAUCUAGCGAUUCUAGAAGAUUAUCUUUAAACUCUUUUUUUCCCUUCUCAUGUGCCUUUGAGCGACCUAAAUUGGUUUUGAUGAUUGUUUUAAAUGAAAAACGAAAGCAAAAAUGUUUUAACAGAAAGAAGUGGUGUCAUAUGCUUCGGUGCAGCGAUAUCUGACGGAAGUGUGGACCGCCAGAGUCGACUGGUCUUUCGGUGAGCCCAAAACUGUCCCCACUAUGACUUUCUCCUGUUCAGGAAAGUUUGUCGCAUUCUCUUUGCUUGUGUUGAUUUGUCCACCGGCGUGGUUCUACUUCUCAUUGCCUCUCGACAGUCGAAUAGGUAACUUCUGAAAAAAGAAAUCGACAGAAAUAAAGGGUUAUACAGGCCGAGCUCCCAUCAUCAAGUUUGUUUGUCACAUCGUUUCGCACGUCUACUUCACCAUUCUGCUUAUUACUGUCGUCCUCAACAUCACCCACAAAAUGUAGAGACCUAUGAGUCGAUGAUCAAAAGAUGACGUUGAAGGUACGAAGUGACAUCGAUAGUGCCGAAUCCCGUUGAAUGGCUGCUUCUCCUUUGGCUCUCUGGAAACCUUGUCUCAGAACUUUCGACUGUGGGUGGCGGCUCAGGUUUAGGGAUAGUGAAAGUGAGUUUGCAACCUUUCUGUCAUGAUGGAAAGAGGAGUUCAGGUGCUGAUACUGGUACUGUCAGCUGCUGCGAUAGCCGUCCACGUUCUGGCCUUCCUGCUGCCGGCCGUCUUCUACACCCAUCUCGACAACGAUGAAAAGCUACACUUCUCUAGAACUAUGCUAUAUCUAAAGGUGCAGCUUCCUCUGUUUCUUUAUGGAAGAACUCAUAAACGAAGUGAUUCUUGCAGAACCAGUUGUUUGCUUUCGCGAUGCUUUUCGCUUUUGUCGAGUUUCUAGAUUUCUUGACCGUCCAUCAUCUUUUCGGUCCUUGGGCGAUCAUUAUUCGGUGAGGUUUUUUCAAAUAGCUAUAAACGAAAAAUUCCUUUUUUUGCUUUUGUUCAGCGGUUUCAAAAAUUAUUGCGCAAUUUCCACAUUAUGUUGCCUUUUCAGGGACUUGAUGUACGACUUGGCUAGAUUCUUAGUUAUACUGUUACUUUUUGUCGCUGGAUUCACACUUCAUGUCACUUCUAUUUUUCAGGUAUGUUUAUUGAAUUUAAAAAGACAAGAGAUGUUUUGAAGCCGGCUUACCAACCGGCGGAUGAAGACAGCGCGGAACUGAUGAGGUUGGCGUCGCCGGAACAGACCCUCGAGAUGCUCUUCUUUUCUCUUUUCGGGUUAGUUUUCGGGAUUUGGAAAAAUAUCCUAUAAAGAACAUUUCGAAGUGUAGGAUGAAGAAAUCUUUCCGAAAAGGUUCAAAUUUUCAUCAACUUUGCGAUAAGCCAUGUUUUUUAUUUAUGUACUUCACUCAAAAAGGAAUAUUCAUGUUGGCGUCUUUCUUCUUGAAAUAUUUUUUCCUGGUUCAUUUUCGAUAUUUUUUGAAACGAACCCGUGACAUAAAGUCAAUUUUAUCACCACAAAAAAAAACAUCAAUCAUUAUCAGACUGGUCGAACCGGACAGUAUGCCGCCGUUGCAUUUGGUGCCUGAUUUCGGCAAAGUUAUCCUCAAGCUUCUGUUCGGUAUUUACAUGUUGGUGACCCUGAUCGUGCUCAUCAAUCUGCUGAUUGCUAUGAUGUCUGACACAUACCAAAGGAUCCAGGCGCAGUCUGACAAGGCCUGUUAUUAUUUCGAUUGUGAAAUAUGA